AUGGCCGAUGCCCAAAACAUCGUCAGGCGAUAUCCCGGGUGCCAGUUCUUCUCCAAGCAGCAGCACGUCCCCGCUCAGGCCUUACGGACUAUACCUCCUUCUUGGCCAUUCGCCUGCUGGGGACUCGACUCGGUGGGACCCCAAAAGACGGCCGUUGGCGGAUACAAUCAUAUAUUCGUGGCGAUUGAAAAGUUCACAAAAUGGAUCGAAGUCAAGCCAGUAACAGCCACUACAGCAGCCAAGGCAGCCGAUUUCAUCGAGGAGAUAUCACACCGAUUCGGGGUGCCUAACCGGAUUAUCACAGAUCUGGUUACUUCAUUCACGGGCUCCGAGUUCUGGGACUACUGCCAAGAAAGCUACAUCGACGUCUACUAUGCCUCCGUGGCACACCCCCGGUGCAAUGGCCAAGUUGAAAGUGCCAACGGCUUGAUCCUCCAGGGGCUCAAAGACAGAAUUUUUGACCCGAUCAAAAAGUAUGUCUUGCCAUCGGACAUAGCUUUUGGUGCUAUGCGCAUCCAGAACUACGACGAGAACGAAGCCGAAGCGACUCGAUGCACCGACAUCGACUUGGCAGAGGAGCACCGCCUGACGGCCUCAACUCAGCAUGCGAGAUAUGAGCAACAGCUCUGGCGCUACCAUGAUCGCAAUGUCCAUGAGCGUGACUUCAAUGUCGACGACCUGGUUUUGUGA